AUGGGUUACCCACUGGGCUACCGGCUCGCGGUGAUCUGUCAGGUAGCCUUGGUGGGAUUGGUCGGAGUUGACCUUUACUAUACCCAACGGUUGCAAGAGGACAUUGGGUUGUUGCGGUUGCAGGUCAGGGCAUUGGACUUCACACCUGAGCGCUCCCAAGACCCCGAGGAGGAUCCUCCCACUUCAGGUGGACAGCCUUGGUCUUCGCGGCGCAAGCCGGAGGCUGAAGCCAAGGUUCUGGUGGGAUUUGAUCAUCGGGGCCAGUUGAGUUUGGGACAGUUGUUUACAUUGCUGUUGAUCUUGCUUGCAGGGCUCAUUGCAUUGGGUUGGUUGACCUUUGGCCGACAGUGUUCAAAAGCAUUGACAGAGGGUAGCAGUUCGCCCUUACAGAAGCGUGACUUGGCUCAGAGGCAGCUGGCGGAACUACGGCUUCGUCGGUCUACGCCUUGCCUGCCUGGACAGCGAACGAUUUGCACAACCUCCGGGAGGAAGGUCGCAGAGUUGCUGAGGAGGAACGUCGUGCGAUGGCUGGUGGUGCUGGUCCUUUGGCGGCAGCCGCCGCCGCGGGGGCUCCGGUUGUUGCGGGGGGCCGCGGCAUCCACCAAGAUCGACCCGGUUGAAGGCUACGAGGCUGGAACCCUGAAGUGGCUGGAUUAUUUCAAUUUUUUGCAGAGGCCAGCAAGGUGUGACCCCAGGGUGCUGCCGGUCGAGUUGAACCCUAUUGGGCAUCCGGAAAGGACUUUGAAGGAGGUCGCAUCCAUGGGCGCUGAAAGCAAAGUGAGGUGGGAGCUGGCCGGUCCACGUACCAGCAAAUGGUGUGUGAACUAUUUGGCCAUCGAGAACCUUGGCUUCGAGGGGCACCAUGAGAGACUCCGACAAGUCACAAAGGCUGAUGCAAGUAGUUGGGGAAUUCAGGAGCACUUCCAGGUCAGCAUGGCCCUACGCCAGGCCCUCCUUGUCGACCAGCUUGACCCCUACAACCUGUUGAGCAUUGAAAUACAAUUCAGGCGGCUCCAAACCAUCGAGUACUCUUACAGCGAGAAGGCAAGGGAUUUGGAGGCAAAGGCUGUGGGUGGGCGGUUGAGUUUAGAAGAGCAGACCACUUUUGGAGGCAUUACACGACAGUACAGUAUAUUGAUGAUUUGCCCCCAGUUGUUGGAUCACGUCAAGAUCGAAACCGAGAAGGAGGCCAACCUGGCCAAGAACUUGCGGAAGGCCCGCGAGGAAAGAGAAGCAGCUCGCAAGGGAGCAAAGAAGGGGGGCCUUGCAGCUGCUGCCAUACCUUCAGAGGCCGUGCAAGUUCGGGAGGUGGACAGAGACAUCUUUCCACUGCCAAGAGUUUUGAAUUCAAGACCACCCUUGGGUCUUUUCUCGCGGAAAAGUCAGCAGAGGAUUGGCCGGAGGAGGCAUUUUGAGCAGGAGGUGGAUCACACAGUGGAUGCCCUCAACACUAUGUAUGGAAGGCCUGGAGGACCUCACAAGAGGUAUGGUGGUUCGAAUAGUGGACCAAUCAGUUCUGGCCAGGCUCAUGCUUUGGAAUUUGUUGAAGAUGCAUGCAGGAGGGUAGGGGCCCCACCUUUGCUCUCCGGCCCAGAGGCCCUUGAGGAGCUUCGGGUUGCUGAGGGGUACGAUGACUUGCCGACUUCGUGCCCCCUUGGAUCCUUCAAUCCUGACCUGGUCUCAUUGCCAUCUGAGGGCAUGAAUCCCGUGCCUUUGGAGUGUUUGUGGGGCGAGGGCGGGCAACAAGAGGUGGAGGAUUUCACCGUUCACCAGACGCUGGGCAUAGCAGAAGCUCGCGAGCGUCUAGACCAAUGUGGCCUCAGCAAAUGUUAUGAAGACCCGCAAUUCAGAGACCGAAGAAAAUACGCCAGCUUCUUGCACAGACUGUUGGACCUAGGCCUCAUCACCCUUGGUUUGGAGCCGGCGGUUGAGACGGUGGGUAUUUUCUUUGUGAAGAAGAAAGGUGGCAAACUUAGGAUGAUCUUGGAUUGCAGGCGGAGCAACUGCCAUUUCAGUACACCUGAGAACAUCAAACUUGCCACCGGGGAGAGCAUGAGUCGCAUGGAGUUGAAAUCACAUGGACAAUUGUUCACAGCCAGUGCAGACCUUCAGAAUGCUUUUUACACCAUGGCCAUGCCCAGCACACUUCAGAAGUUUUUUGGCCUGCGCAAGGUGCAAGCUGGAGAGCUAGGGGUUGCAGAGGUUGCUGGCUUGAGACUACAGCCCACCUCUUGGAUCUACCCCCGCAUUGCAGUGAUCCCCAUGGGUUGGUCUCAUGCUAUGUGGUGGUGCCAGAGGAUAAGCGAACGCAUUUGUGAAAGGUCAGGACUGCUUCCAUCUGAGAGGCUGCGUGAUGGACAGCCGCCACCUCAGGGAACCUUCUUCCACGUCCAGUAUGUCGAUAACCUCCACAUUUUUGGAAACGACAAAGAGGAAGUGGAGACAAGGUUCUGGAAAGCAGUCGAGGCCCUAAGAGCGGCUGGACUUACAGUACAUGAGAUAGAAGUGGCUGAUGGCUCAAGCAAGGUCCUUGGUUGGGAAAUUGAGGACGGAGGCUACCUGGCGCCGUCCUUGAGUCGGCUUUGGAGAUGUCGCUUGGGCAUCCGUGAGUUGCUACGACGGGGCCGUGCCAGUGGCCAACAGCUGGAGCGAUUGAUCGGGCACAUGACAUUCGUAUCACUUUGUCGGCGUGAAUCCCUCUCAGUCUUGGGGGAUUGUUACACCUUCAUCCAGCGCAACUAUACCCACAGCGCAAACUUGUGGAAAAGUGUUCGCAGAGAGCUUUGGCAGUGGGAUGGUAUAGCGCCUCUCAUACGGGUCAACAUGAAGCUGGUUUGGGGGGACACCAUCUAUGCCGUCGAUGCUUCCGAUUGGGGACUUGGGGUAGUUAGCAGUACAGUUGAACCCAGUUUUUCACAACAGCUUGGUCGCUAUGUGGAGAGGUGGCGUUUCAAAGACGAUGGCUGCAACAACCCCAGGUCGUUUGUGCAAGUUGAGGGGGAGCUUGAAGGUGUUCACCAUGCACAAGAUGAAGGUUCAAAUCCAUCCCUCCGUUUCAAGGGGGUGGUGGGCCGAAAGCGCUGGCAAAGAGAAGAGACGAUGCCCGUGUACGAGGCCCGGGCCACCCAGUAUGCUAGAGCCAAGCUGCGAGAGGCCGCCCAGGGAGGGUUAGGGGUUUCGGCGGUGACCAAUCACCAUCUUGCCCCCCUCACCUGGGACAUAGAACUCAGCAACAUGCCCGCAGCCGAAAAGAAGAGACAAAGAGCCAGGAGACGACAGCAGAAGACUCCAGAACCAGGUAUGGGGGUGCUCCGCAGUUCAUCGGUGGGGAAGUUCACCCUCAGGAGGUACAGAGAGAUGUGGCAGAGCUUUGUCCAGUGGAGUGCAGGCCAAGUGCGACAGACCAUGACAUGGACCCAACUGGACAGACACCUGAGCAAUUACCUCGAGGAGCUUUACCUCGAGGGAGAAGACCUGAGCCGAGCAAACUAUGUGACUGCUGCCGUGAUUUUCCAUGUGCCGGGAACCAAAGGCCUGGCAGCCCUUCCGAGGGCCCAACAGGCCAUGAAGGGGUGGCGAGUCCGAGAUUUGGUCUUGCCGUUGAGACGAAGCGGCAAGGCCUUCAAAGACCAUGCCAUUCUGCUCCAUCCGCUGGAGGUGGGGGUACCAUCCAAGACAAAACAGUGGGACGAGAUGUUGACACUCGAUCUGCCCCACCUGAAGUUUUUGGGUCCCGCAUUGGAGCGUUGGAUGCAGGUACAACACAGGAGCAAGGACGAGCCUUUGUUCCAGACCACUCUUCAAGAGACAAACCAGUUCCUAGAGGACCAGUGGAAACCUCUGGGGUUGCAACCUUUGGGAGCUCCGCACAUGUACCGUCUCCGCCACGGCGGAGCAUCGUUCGAGGCAGCAAACCAGUUGAGAGAGAUCUCAGGCAUUCAAACUCGGGGUCGCUGGUUGACACAGAAGUCCAUGAAGAAUUACGAGAAAGGGGGGCGCCUGCAACAGCUGUUUGGAAGCCUCAGCAAGCGCCUCUUUUUCACUCAAAAAGAGGCGCUUCAGGCCGCCAAAGACGUCGUCAGGCGGCUGUUGAAAAAGCAUUGA